UGUAUGUAAAACACGACCCAUCGCCGGGUACUUAAGCGGGAGUCGUCAUGGACAGCGCAACAGUGAGGCCACAGCAUCUGGAGCACCAUGUCUUACCUCAAGGUUGUCGCCGCCAUCGCUCUCGUGGCAACCACCCUCGCCCUCCCGGAGCACGCCCCCCACCCAUCACAUCAUGCUCCUCCCCAACCACUCACAUUCGCUUCACAUUACCCACCAACCUAUGGUCCACCCCAACCACCCACCUACACUCCCCGUCCCCCAACACCCACCUAUGCCCCACCCCCUAAAUCAACCUAUGCCCCAGCCCCAAUACCCACCUAUGCCCCAACCUCAAGACCCACCUAUGCCCCACCCCAAAAUCCAGCUAUGGCCCACCCCAGCCACCCACCUACACUCCCCGUCCCCAACGCCCACCUAUGCCCCACCCCUAAACCUACAUAUGCCCCACCCCCAAAACCCACCUAUGGUCCACCCCAGCCACCCAUCUACACUACCCGUCCCCCAACGUCCACCUACGCCCCACCCACUAAACCCACAUAUGCCCCACCCCCAAAAUCCAGCUAUGGCCCACCCCAGCCACCCACUUACACUCCCCGUCCUCCAACACUCACCUACACCCCACCCCAACCACACAGCUAUGCUCCCUCACCUAAGUACGGGAACCCCGAGCCACCUAAGAAACCUGUCUACAACUUCGAGUGGGCCGUGAAAGACGAUUACGCCGGCCUUCACUUCGGCCAGAAUGAAAAACGCGACGGUUACAACACUGAUGGCACCUACCACGUGCUGCUCCCCGACGGCCGCGUGCAGAAGGUUGAAUACAAGGUGGAGAAGGGCAGCGGCUACAUAGCCACCGUGGAAUACGAGACCAAGCACGACCAUAAAGGUUACGGCAAACACACAACAACCUACGCUCCGUAUACACCACGAGCUUAUACUCCAUCCACUUACGGACCUUCAACUCGCCCACCCUAUGUUCCAUCCACCUAUGCUCCUCCACCUCCUCCAGGGUAUGCUCCCCCUCCUAAAGGAUCCCACCACCACUAAGCGUCCACUCCACUUACGAAACCAACUCCGAAACGACGAUAUUUCAUUCUUCGUGUCUUCGGUCUCGAAAGUUCCAUGAAACAUAUAUGUAACAUAUGUGUUUAUUUAGGAUUGUCAAGUAAACAAGCAGCAGAUG